CGGCCCUCCCCACUGCUCCCACGGGCAGGACGCGCGCCGGCUGCCUCACGUCAAUGGGCCGGCUGCAUGGGUGCUGAAAUGUCCUUCCUGCCUGACAACGGGCUCUUCACUAUGGGCAUGUGGUCUGUUGGCCUUGGAGCCAUUGGUGCAGCUAUAACAGGGAUCGUCCUUGCUAACACUGACUUAUUUUUGUCCAAGCCAGAGAAGGCUACACUGGAGUUUUUAGAGGAGAUAGAGCUAAAAACUUUGGUACCAGAACAAAGAACGUUCAAAGCGGGUGAACUAUGGAAGAAGAAUGGUGCAGUGAUCAUGGCAGUGCGAAGACCUGGAUGAUUUUUGUGCAGAGAGGAGGCUUCUGAGCUCUCCUCUCUGAAACCUCAGCUGUCUAAGUUGGGUGUGCCUCUCUAUGCUGUUGUGAAAGAGAAGAUAGGGACUGAAGUGGAGGAUUUUCAGCAUUAUUUCAAAGGAGAAAUCUUUCUGGAUGAAAAGAAAGGCUUCUAUGGUCCUCGCAGACGAAAAAUGAUCAUGUCAGGCUUCUUCCGCUUUGGAGUCUGGCAGAAUUUCUUCCGUGCUUGGAAAAAUGGAUUUAGUGGUAACCUGGAAGGAGAAGGAUUCACCCUGGGAGGAGUAUAUGUGAUUGGGGCAGGAAGACAGGGCGUUCUACUGGAGCAUCGUGAGAAGGAAUUUGGAGACAAAGUCAGCCUUCCAUCUGUUCUUGAAGCUGCUGAGAAGAUAAAACCACAAGCUUCAUAAGCUGAAGUUAGUUGCACGUGUUUCUGAUCACAGCUUGAAAUGUAGAAUGCAUCUAUUUUUUGAACAUGCAGUUUAAUUGCUUCUUAACUCUUUAGUGGUCAAUGCAGUGGAAAGAUCCUCUAUUCAAAUGUAAUAACUAAUGAAAACCCUUCUGGAUUUUUUUGUUACUUUGUUGCCCUUCAGGUAGUCAGAAUUUCAACUUGUCUUUUGGAUCUGACUGUAUUAAUGAAAGGCUGUGUCUAAAAUCUGACAUAGCCUAGAUGUUUUCAGUCAGAGACAGUCAACUGAAACCUGUCUAUCUAGGGGAGCAAAACCCUGCUAAUGCUGGAGUAACUUAGUAUCAACCGAGGUUGAAGGAUAAUAAAACUUUGUGUAAAUGA